AUGGCUACUCCAUUCGUUGUUGGUGUUAUGGUUGCCGGUAUGGCAUAUACAGGUAGAUUUAUCGUUAGAGCAGUCCAAAGAGCUAGAAACAGUCAAUCUAUUUUUGAAGUUUCAAAAAAAUCAUUUAAUAUGGAAACAGUAGAAGAAGGCUUCGAGUCUAAAAUGACACCAGAUGAAGCUUACUCUAUUUUAGGUAUUGACAAAAACGCAACUAAAGAAGAAAUUAAAAUUAGACACAAACAUUUAAUGAUCAAAAACCAUCCAGAUAAAGGCGGAUCAUCAUAUUUAGCAACCAAAAUUAAUGAAGCAAAAACUAUUUUAUCGAAUAAUUAUUAA